AUGGAGCACAUUGCGCAGGAUAUACAACUCGUGCCGGAAGACACUCUCGCCCGCAUUGGCAAGGGCCCGUUAGUCAAGUUCACCCAUGCAUGUGACGAUGCCGAGAAAGUGAGCCGGGUCUUCCAGUCUCUGCUGCAGACCUAUUCCACGGCCUCGCUCUCUCAUGCGCACACCACCACCGCAUGCAAUGCCCUCAGCGCCUUUCUCGAUGCGGCCCUCGUCUCGUCGUGCGAGGGCACCCGCCAGCUUGCCCGCUCCGACGAGACCUGGCUGUCCGUAUUCGAGGUCUUCAUGGCCCGCUACAAGGACGUCAAGCCCAAGCCCAUGAAGCAGGUCCUGGAGUCGCUGGUCUUGCUCCUGGCCAAGACCCGUCGCGAGCUGGAUCGCUCCGCGCUCUGCACGAAGAUCAUCGAAGCCACCAUCCCCAGCGUCAUCACCGGUGAACCCCGCGCCCGGCUGAAGGCUUCCUUCGCCUCGUUGGAGAUGCUCCUGCGCAAGAAUGCCAUCCUGCCCUUGGAGCUGAUCGCGAUGACCAACCAGUGGCUACUGGAUCACCCGGAGAACUGGACGUCUCUGGUCCAUGAGGACUGCAACGCGCUGUCGAUUGACAUUGCGCAGUACCUUCGGAGAGGAAGUGUCUCGGAGAGAGAUACGUACCAGACUGCGACUAGUGUAAUGGUUCUGGGUAUGCUUACGCGGGGAACGAAGGCCGAGAUUGCCGCCGCCGCGGGUGACACCAUGUCCAUUUUCUUCCAGAAGGUGAAGGCCGUGCCUGAGGCACAGUAUCUGCUGUCCGCGUGGGUAGCGCCCGUUCGCCAUGUCUUGCUGAGGAACCUGGACAACCUGGAGUAUAUGUCCAACUAUGUUCUUCAACCCUCGUUUGGGAACGACCCGAAGGGAUUCAAGGCCUUCAUUGGCAUGCUGCCGUUGAACAGCCUCCUCGCGGGUGACAUGAGCGAUGCGCCGUUGGCCGAGUUCAUGCUGCUGUUCACGUCGUUGCAGAUUGCGAAGAAGAUCGGUCUCAUCCAUGAGGAUCACUACAUCCCCAAGGCCGGCUCCGACGACAGUGCACUCGUAUUGAAGAGCGAGGUCAUCGGCCAGUUCCUCUUCCACCGCGACCUCACCAUCCGCAUUGCAACCCUGUCGCUGCUCAUCACCGCGCCCUCGACCACCAAGCCGGUCUCUUCUGCGACCAUGAAGGCGAUCUUGAACGGUCUCCCAUCCAUGUGCACUGAGUCGGACUCAUACUCACGAGGCGAGAUCCUGAGUAUGAUUCGCAAGUUGAUCGUCCGCUUGAAGGGCGGGCUCUUGGAGGACCAGGAUCGUCCCGCUGAGCAGAAGGCCCCGGCGAACAAGAAACCCAAGCUUGCCCGUAACGACACUGCGACUCGGGCAUGUCUGGAAGAAUAUCUGGAUUUGCUGAAGGCGGAUCUCCGGCCCACGGCAUCCUACCCUCGCCAUGUUUCCGCAUUGAAGACAUUGAUUCUUUUCUUGGAAUCCGGUCUUGACUACAGAUAUGGCGCAACCGACGGAAUCAAGACCAAAUGGGUCACCAAUGUGGAAGUCUUUGAGCCAACCUUGCUGAGAUUGCUGGUAGAUCUUCUGCUCGAUCCGUUCGAGGAAGUGCGCGCUACAUCGCUCUAUGUUCUCAACUUGUUCCCACGAGACGUCCUUUUCAACAAUUCUACGCUCUCAGGCCAGACUGCAGAGACACCGCAGUUCAUUGAAGGCCUGAUCAAGGCGGAGCAGCUGGCAAGCAACACCAGCAGAGCUGACUACGCCGACACCGUUGCCCGUUUGUAUCACAUUCUCUUUGGCGCAGCAGCCGUGGACGGUGAAAUGGAAGCCUCCAGAUGGUGGGGAAACAAGGCCAUGGUCGUUGAUACUCUUCUGAAGAAGCUCGAGCAGAAGCUGUCCCUUGCCGGCGGCUUGUUUAAUUCUUCCAUGCGCGAUGCGCCACUGCACGGCUACGUGUCCGCUCUCAGAUACAUCGUUGCGACCCCGAACUUCUACUCGUUGGUUUCGAACGGACAGCCCGCGUACGACAGCUGGAAGUCCAUUCAUUCAAGAAUCGUGCAAGUGUGCGACCGGAUCUGGAACGAGGUGAAGCCUGUCCUCUGCAUCGACUCACCGGAGGGACACACGGACGAUCCUAUCGAGGAGCUUGGUGUCGGUCCCAAAGAUAUCCUCUCUUACUCGUGGAGAGCGCUGCGCGAGUCAAGUCUUCUCCUGCACGCCACGAUCUCCAACAAAGCGUACGGUCCGCAAGAGUCCGGCCUGACGGUUGAGCACUUCGCGAACAUUGGAACGCUCAGCUUCAUCCAGCUUGCUGAACUCCGGCACCGAGGUGCAUUCUCGACCGUGUCGCAAACUUUCGCUACCUGCUGUCUGCGAUGCGGCCAGUCCAGCAGUCCGGAAAUCUCCGCCCUCCCCAGUCGCUGGUACCAGGAAGCCAAGAAGAUCAUUUUCGAGUCGGCUUCGAAACUCACACGCCGCUCAGCUGGUCUGCCUGCACUUGUUGCGGGUAUCCUGUCUUCCAAGCCAGGCGGGCCGCUGUUCCAAAGUGUGAUCCAGGAUCUGCAUGAGAUCUCCCACCUGCCCGCAGAGCACGACCAGUCGCGACAGGACAUGCCUCUCCCCCAGGUCCAUGCGAUGAACUGUCUCAAGGACAUCUUCACCAACACGAAACUUGGACCCCACACGGAACCGUUCAUCAUGCCGGCUUUGAGGCUUUCGGCGGAGCGGCUGGGAUCGCCCAUAUGGGCCCUUCGCAACUCCGGCCUGAUGCUGUUCCGCGCUCUGUUGACUCGCAUGUGCCGCACCGGUACCGGUCUCGGAUUCGGUGGCAUCUCUGGCUCGGAACCCGGCGCGAGAGUGUCCUUCCAAAAAUAUCCGGGCCUGUUCGAACUCCUGCCCACCCUCCUCAGCCCGUCCGUUAAGAGCGAUAGCAAUGAAAGCGACACGGCGAUGGUCACGGAACGUGUGUUCCCGGCACUGGAGCUGAUUGCCGAGAAGGUCCCGAAUGUGACUGGAGUCGACGACGAGGUCCUCCGCGGACUCGUCCGGGAGCAAUUCAAGAGCCCGGUCUGGGGUAUCAGGGAGCAUGCCGCCCGCGUGUAUGCGUCUUUGCUGGAUCGUGCGGAUGUCCUGAGCAGCAUCAAGGCGUUGUUGGAUGUCCAGAGGGACACUAAGACGCAGGACUAUCUCCACGGCGAGGCUCUCUGCAUCAAGUAUUCCCUCCGGAGAUUCGCAUCAAGCUCUCUCUCUUUCUGGAACGAUCACAUCGAUGAGGUGUCUUCCACCAUGAAAGACAUCUUCGCUUCUUCUUUCCCGUUCACGGAGUCCCCGUUCGUCGCGACCCUUCUGCUGGAGAUCCUGAGCGACGUUGUGGAGAAGAGCAUCGAGUCCGGAGCCGAGGACCGAAUGAUCCCGACCCUGGUCUAUCUCUCCGAGACGUACUCAUUCCACGACAUCCGGGAGUUUGUAUUCGACUCGUCCCACCCGUCCUGGAAGACGCUGAGCACCACCCGUGCCUCUUCGCUGCUCCGCCGGGCCAUCUCGUGGAUCACCGUGCUGCACAUGUUCGUGACCGACAAGCUGGACGAGGUCGAGCCGCUCCUCGGCGUUGUCUCGCGCUUCGACCCCAAUGCUGGUCAAUGGGUCUUGGAGCGCAUUCAGGAGCUCUUCGGCGAGAGGGAACAGUAUCGAACCUCCCUGGUCAAGAUCUACUACGACGUCAUCCUGGGCGUCUACCCCGAGGAAGUCAAGGGAUCCGCGAUCUCCUGUCUGGCAUCCGCCCUCUCGUCCGUCCUUGACUUCCGUAACGAACGUAUCCCCCAGAUCGACCUAUCCUGGGAGACGCUCGAAACGCACCUCCAGCAAUCCUCCACCGAGCACAUCUGGAACCGAGAUCGCUCCGACGCCGAACUCAUCCUUCAGGGAGCCCUCCUGGCGCUGAAGACGCUCUCCGGCCAGCAGACCUCCGACAUCGCCAUCCUGGAAUGGGCCACCCGGCUGCAGUCCGCCAUGCAAGAGGAAACAGAAUAUACCACCCGCCUCGCGGCCAUAACCAGCAUCAGCACCUUCGCACGCAUCCUGCGCCCCGCGUCCAAAACCCCGCUCACCACCCGCGCCACCCUCGAAAUCUACCUCGUCCUCUACGACAUCCUGAACGACGACGACGAAGAACUGCGCGACCUCGCCGCGUCCACCGCCUCCUGGAUCCUGUCAUACUCCUCCAUCUCGCCCGCCAAAUCCGUCACCCUCUCCCCUCUCAACGCCAGCACCCUGCUCUCCACCUUCCUGACCACCACAUUCGCCUCCUCCCGCCCCCUCUCCACCCGCAUAACGUCCUACCUGAUCGACGACGCGCCACGUCUCAGCAGCGCCGGAACCAGCACCAGCACCAGCACCAACCCCAACCAACCGCCCCACCUCCCCGUCGAAACCCGUCUCUCCGACCUAAGAAAAGAAAGCACCAUCCUGUUCGAAGAAGAAAAACAGAACCUGUUCAUCGACGAAGUGCGCGAAAUCGACCUCUGGUCCUCGUCUCUCUCCCAAUUCUCUGUCUCCGCUUUCGACCCCACACAAGUCGAGACGAUGUACGACUGGAUCUUGGAUGGCGUUUCCUGUCUGACUGCAAUUCUCGACAAAGAGGAAGGCCGAGAUGGAUUGCUGGGCUGGGUGUCCAAGCCCCAGACGUUCGUGCUAGGCGUUAGGCUGUUCGGCGUCGCUGGGGUACUUGCGAAUGGGGCCGUCAAGGAGAUGCUUGCGGAGGAGAAGAGGAGUGUUUUGAAAGAGAGGUUGGGAGGGUUGUUGCUGCGGGCUGAGAGGGGGUUGGUGCAUAGGGAUUGGAUUGAGAGGAUAGGUAAGGUAUGUAAGUAG